AUGAUAUUUAAAGAAAAAAUAGGCAAAGAAGUCAGUGAUGAGAUAAUAGAAUCGGAAGAUAAAAAGGAACAAGACAAAGGAUACGAGAUCAGUGGUGCGGCAUUUGAUUCAAUUAUAAUUCCUUUAGAUAAAGAUUUGUUAUCUGAUUUAAAUAAUUUUGAAGAAAUAUGUGAUAAUCUAGAAGUUUUGGACGAGAAAGACGUCAAUGUCGACGACAGCAAACAUAAAAUAACCAAUAGAAAGCGAAAUUGUAUUCAAGAAGAGAAGUGGGAAAUUAAAGCACUAAAGAUACCUAAAUUAAAUACAGAAAAAGAAAAUAUUUUUCCAAUAAAUCAGACAAAGUCUAUUAGAAAUGUUGUCAGCCGUCACUCUGAGUGCCAUAAAUGUAAAAUUCGAACAUCAUUGCAAUUAAUGAAAAAAUUUAUUGCGUGUAAAAAAUUUGUUUGUUUUACUUGCGAUAGUUGGAUUAUACCCAAAUAUUGUUACAACGAUUUUAUUUGUGAUAUUUGUUUUGGUGAGUAG